GUGUAACCCCCGCGACCGCCAUCUUUGUCAAGUGGGUAACCUUUGUUGAUUUGUGUGAAAUGUGACGCCGUUGUCGCGAGAUAAUUGGUGAUCGUGAUUACACGCGAGUCCUGUUGUGUCGGUAUUCGAGUGACUCGUGCUCCCGCGUGUCCCGACGUGGGAUCUAUACAUGGAACAACCGCGAGCAGGUUCAACCUAAAAAACUAGGCCCGCGAGUGCAUGAGGUGGUAAAGGAGCCUCCCGCGAAGGUCCCCCAGAUCAGCCAGACAGGAAAGCCGCGGCAAGGAAGGGGGUCGCAUGAUGUGAAUGUCGCGGCCGUGACACGCACGACCCGGAGGCGCUCCCAGCGUUGUCCAUCGGGUGUCUGUAACCUGGCCAGGUACGUGGCGGGUGGGUACGCCGCCGCCGCCGGGGUCGUCCUCGUCGGCAGACGGCCGACGGACACGAGAUGGACGAGCCAGAAUCCGCGGAGACGUGGUCGGCCUGGUUUCUGGACGCGAUCCGUAAGAUACGCAGCCAGAAACAGAGGCCGAGCGUCGAACGGAUAUGCCACGCGAUCCGUCAGCACCACAACUUCCACGAGGAGGAGAUCGCCGAGCAUCUGGAAGUCGCCGUGAAACGGGGCGACGUGCUGAAGAUCUUCAACAAAGGACAAUCCUCGUACAAGGAUCCGGGCGGUUUGCAAUCGAAACCGCUCAAGGUCGGCAAAGGGACCGAUCUCAGCAAGGUGCUCGGCAAGGCUGUACGGGAGCUGGGCGAGAGGGAGGGCUCGACCCUGAAGACCAUCGAGAAAUACAUCAGGCAGAGUCACACGGUCGAGGAAGAGGCCGAGGGGGAUCUGAGGACCGCGCUCAGAUUGUCCGCGAAACGGGCGGCCGAUCGGGGCCUUGUGAUCCAAGAUGGCAGACUGUUCCGGCAACCGGACCGGCCCCCUUAUUUCAAGAAGCACGGGGAUAACGCUCACGCGCUACCACCGGAACCCCCUGUACCUAAGCUGCCGGCUCCUCUACCGAUAUGCAGAGAGUGUCUCGGCGCGACGAUAGCCGGGAACAACAACAACACGAAACGGAACGCCGCCGAGAAGCUGAGCAGGUGUAGCGUCUGCGGUGCUGCGUUGCACAACUCGUGCGCCCCGCCGGAGCUCUCGAUCCUCGUGGACAGAGGGAUAACGUGGUCGUGCGACGACUGUUCGCCGACUUGCGCCGGCUGUCAAUUGGAACGUGAAUCGCAGAACUAUCUGGUGAAAUGCGCCGGCUGCGUGAAGUCUUACCAUCCCACCUGUCUGGAUCCUGCGCUGGACAAAAAGAACAAAGCACCCUGGAGGUGUCGGCACUGUCAGACCGCGCACACACCGGUCGCGAAGGACGAUGGGAAGAAGAACAAGACUCAGGACGGCGGUGGUUCACUGGACGAUACGCCGACCAGCGCUAGGAAGAGAAUCAGCAAAUUACGUGAAAAUAGAAAAUCGACGGUAUCCAGAAAGAGCUUGACGAUCGCGACUCCGGGCAAAAGAAGCGGUACGGGAGUGGCACAGGUGGACAGCAGCUCGGACGGUAAUGCGGGUGUUGUCUCCCCUCGUCAACCACCUUUAAUUUCCUCUCCUUUACCACAACCCCCCGCCCCACUCGCAGGCCAGGGUAGGCUACUCGAAGAAAAGAACGACCGGAUCUCCAAGGAGAAGCAAAAGUUCUUUAGGUUGAGCGCAUUUAACGCGGAGCACAAUAAGCUGAAGCGGGUGGGGGGCGGUGAUAAGUCUAAGUCCUCGCAGAACGUUAGUCCUAGGUUGACACGGGGUAACGCGAACCAGAAGAAGAAGCAGCAGCAACAACAGCAACAACAACAACAACCUGUUUUACCGACGCAGCAGCAGCAACCGCCGCCGUCGACCGGUAAAAAGACCUCGUUAGUAUCCAGCAGCAGCAGUAGCAGUAGCGCCAGCAGCGACGCAAGCGAUACCGAUUCCUCCGAGGGCUCCGACUCCAGCGACGAUGACGACGAGGAGGAUGGUAACAGCUCGAGCGAAUCGAGCGACACGUCCUCGGAAGAUGAGGAGGAGGAUGAGGAGGUGGGUCAAGAGGCUAAUCGGCGAGUGGUGGUCGAGUCACCAAAACCGAGGAGUCCAUUCUCGUGCGAUCUCAGCGAGGACAAGCCUUGGGGUUUCGCUGCGGCCGCAGCCAAGCUUAACGCCGAGUCGCCAUUUUUCAGUAACAUCAACAACACGUUCGGCGCUCCGUUACCGAAGCUCGACGUCGGCGGCACGCCCACGUUCGGUUUGCAUAUACAACCAGCCGCGAACACCACUACGACGACCAUCGACAACAAGAAAAAACAACAACAGCCGAAGAACGAUCGCGGAAUCACGUCGUCCGGCGGUUUCGUGGACAACAACAAAGUCAAGCCCGGUACGGGGCAACUGAAAGGCUUGUUCGACGGUUUGAGCCACUUCUUUUCAGUGCCCACAAAUAGUAGAGCAAGAUCCGGGGCAGCUGCGCCAAAUUAUGCUCCUGACAGGAGAAAACGGCCUAAUACAGAGGACGUGGGUAAAAGUAAUAGCAAAAUCCCAAGGGGUACUCAGAGCAAUAAAAGGGAUAGCUCGCCCGUUCAGGGCAAGUCGAAGGAUAGAAAGAAGUCAGAAACGACACGCGAAGAGGUGCCCAGGGUACCAAGGCCGGGCAUAUUCACGCCCUCCGACGAGAGUCUUUUUGUCGGCUCGUUGAACGAGAAACUACCGAAAAUGACGCCCUCGAAUCUGGUGAAAACUGCCGUGAACAGUAAAAGGCACGAGCAUGAGAGGAGGAAACUGAUGAAAGACGACACGUCGCUGGUGAAGUUCGCCGCUGGGGACGCUGCUGCGUCCGCCUCGCCGUCUUCCUCGCCCACGUCGUCGUACAGGCAUCAUCACGAGCAUUACUCGCGAAAGCGAAACACACCGCUGCACGCCGCCGCGGAAACGACGAGUCAGACACGCCACCCUGUGCCCGCCGUUUCGAGGUCCUCCGGCCUGUUGUCCGAAUCCGUGAAAUCAAAUCCUAGCCUAAAGUCCAAUCCACGAGCCUGUACUAGCGCCACCACCACCAACACCACCACGACACCCCGCGCGACACCCUGCUCCACCAGGAAGGAGGAACCGAUUCUGCCUCAGACCUUGCCGCCCGGUGUCACGCAAAAGGAUGUCGAUCUGUUUAAGGACGCUCGGGACAGAGCGGCACGGCUGACCGUCUCGAACGGCGACGACGAGGACGCCGCUGUGGUCGUUAGUCCUGGGCAGAAUUCCGCAGGUAGUAGCAACAGUGGACCACGAAACCCAGCGGCAAUAGUAUUCGGCCGUUACGAAGUGGAGACGUGGUAUUCCAGUCCGUUUCCCCAGGAGUACGCGAGAUUACCGAAAUUGUUCUUCUGCGAGUUCUGCCUGAAGUACACGAAGAGUCGGGCCGUACUCGACAGGCAUAUGGACAAGUGCCAGUGGAGGCAUCCACCGGCCACUGAAAUAUACAGGUGUAAUGGACUGUCCGUUUUUGAGAUCGACGGUAACGUGAACAAGAUUUAUUGUCAGAAUUUGUGUCUAUUGGCGAAACUGUUCUUGGACCACAAGACACUGUACUACGACGUGGAGCCGUUUCUCUUUUACGCGGUGACGAAGAACGACAAGUACGGCUGCCAUCUGGUCGGUUACUUCAGCAAAGAGAAACAUUGUCCGGCACAGAGAUACAACGUAUCUUGUAUCAUGACCCUGCCGCAGUAUCAGAGGCAAGGCUUCGGAAGGUUUCUGAUCGAGUUUAGUUACCUUUUGUCCAAGGUCGAAGGUAUACCAGGCACACCGGAGAAACCUCUUUCCGAUCUUGGUCGGGUGUCGUACCACUCGUUCUGGAUGAACGCUCAUCGGAAUUCGACGGAUAUCAAACUGGGCGACAUAACGAAGGAGACCGGCGUGUCCGCUCACGAUAUCGCGACUGCUAUGCAGUUAUUGGGAUUCAUCAAGUCGGUCCAUUUGCCCGGCGAAGGGAACUCUAAAGUGGCUGUGGUAGUCGAUUGGAGCAAGGUGGACAUUCACAUGGCAAAAGUGCGAAAGAGCUCGCGCAUUAAGCUGGACCCCGAUUGUCUCAGAUGGAUUCCGUUGCUCACGCAAAUCCCGAAUCCUUAUCAAAGCCCGGAGGAGAGCGGCGACACCAGUUCCGAGUCCUCUCCCGUGGCAGAGCCUAAACAAGUAGCAGCUAUGAUUGUCGAGAAGAUUCAGAAGGUCAAGAUCAAGAAAAAACCAAGAGGCAGAAGGCUCGGGCAAAGGAGAUCGUCGCCGUUGAAGCAGAAAAGUCCGCAGAAGACCACUGUACAGAAGGAGGUCUCGAAGGAAGCGAAGGACGCGAAGGAAACGAAGGAAACGAAAGAGCAACAGAAAUCGACGAAAGAAACGACGAAAGAGGCGAAGGCGGCGAAGGAGGUCAAAGAAUCUGAAAAGGAAACUCGGACCACCGUGACUCCGGAAUCAUCCAAGGAAUCGAUGGAGGUCGAACCGAAAUCGAACGUAUCGACGACGCCCAGGAAUUCUAGGUCAGUGACGACAGCAAAAAACGCGAGUUCCGCGAGUACGACGAAAGCAACUCCUGUGUCGACGGUGUCGACGAUGUCGAGGCGAAGGAUCAGAACGCCGAAGAUUCCUUUCCCCGAGUCUGUGACAACACCUCUGCGAAAACGUAAACAUUCCGAGAAGACUGAAGUCGAAGAGAAGGAGGAGAAGUCGGAUGUUAGCUCGAGGAAGAGGACCCGAGAGUCUUUGAGAGAGAAGGAAAAGGAUAAAGAGAAGGACAAGGAGCGGGAGAAGGAGAAACCGAAGGAAAAGGAGAAGGUGAAGGACAAAGAUCCUACGAAGGACAAGGACCAUACCGCGGAAACGGAGAAGGCGUCGCCGAAACUAGUGACGUCUACACCGUCAUCGGCGGUGCAGAAACCAACGAAGAAGCAAUGCAAAGUGGACGAUAUCCUGCUGAAAAAACGACAGACGAGUCAGUGUAACGGGAAAGAGGAAACAAAGGAGCCGAAGACGUCGCCAAUGUCGAGACGGGGAAGAGCGAAGGCCGAGAAAGAAGCUCUGAAGAUGCCUCAAUUGAAGCCGGAAGCGCCUACGAACGACAGACCCGAAAGUCCUGUGAUACCUCCUCCUUCCUUGUCUCCGUCGGUCGACUCUGAGAAGGUCGACUCGCCUGAGCACAAGGAAUCGCCCGUCGUUCCGGAGUUAAUCUCCGCUCCUAAAGAGGAUACGGUUGUGGAAACGAGUAAAAACGAGAGCGUGGAGGACAGCGGAGCAAUCGUACCCCCGGAAGCUGAAACGGCAUCCGCUAGUCCGGGCGAGUACGAGGGGGGCGACGAAGAUGAAGGGGAAGAAGAAGUACCUGCGCCGAGACCGAAAUCCGUGACACAGUGUUCGAGCAACACCGAGAACGAACCGAGCGAGGAGCAGAACCAAACGGAGAAGACGGAGGAAACGUCUGAAGAGAAAGAACCCGAAAUCGAGAAACCCCUCCCGCAGAAAGUCGAGUCGGAAGCAGCGCCGAUUGUGGAGGAGCAGAACGAAGCCUCGAAGGAAUGUGAUAAAGACGCCGAGACUGAAGAAGCGAUUUGUAGCCCGGAAACGUCGAAAUUGGUACCUGAAGUUCCUUCACCGAAAGGGGAAGAAAUCGAAAAGUUGGAAGCUAUUGCUCAGGAUAAAGAUAGCCCUAAGGAUGAGACGAUUUCCGAAAGGUUAACGCUCAAGGAAUCGAAGGAGGAGUUAACACGGCCAAAGAUUGAAGCCUCACCGGCGACACCAACGGAAAAGAAAGAAUCGUCCGUCGUUUCGAACAUCGCCUCGCCCGAGACCGAACCGCUCACGCCGCAGGAGAAACCGCUGCCGAUUAUGGAACAGCAGGAGACUAUGCAUCUUCAGAUACAUCCGGAGGAAAUGAAGCAGAACUCGCCCGAGAGCGGAAAAACGACGCCACACCUGGACAAUCCGGGAUCGGUGAAACGGACACCGCCCUCGCAACCGGAUCUACCGUCGAUGGGAGUUUAUACACCGGACUCGACCACCAAUUCGGUGCACUCGUUGCAUUACGGCCAGUGCGAUUUGGACGUCAGUCAGCUGGGACUGGAAUCCCCAACGUCGAUAGCCAGCGAUCUGGCGUCGCAGAACAGCGUGGAAAGACCGCCCAGUGCUCUGCCGUCGAUGCCGGCCUCGGUCACCGCCCCGAUUUCCGUCUCGAUGCAGAUCCCAACGCCGGCCACGUCGGUGGCGGUGAAUAUAUCGCCGCAAGUUCAAUACGCUGACUGCUCCAUGCCUCAGCACACACCACCGGCACACGUUAGCAUUCAUCCGAUGCAUCAGCCCCAUACGCCGCAGCCUCUGCAACAGCCCAGGACACCGCAGUCGCACACACCUCAAAGUAUACCAACGCAGAGUCCUCAGCCUCUUCCUCAGAGUCACACACCGCAACCGUUACCGCAAUCCCAUACUCCUCAGCCCCUCCCACAGUCGCAUACGCCACAGAGUAUACCCACACAGAGUCCACAGCCUUUGCCUCAGUCUCACACUCCGCAACCGAUGCAAUUGUCUCUCGCUCAGCAAACACAGAGCCAAAGUAUGGCGCACAGCCAGUCUCAACCGCAGCAGCAGCAGUCUCAGCAACAAUCGACGCAUCAACAGCAACAACAGCAACAACAAUCUCAGACGCAAUCUCAUAGUAAUAAGAGAGCCAGUGGCUCGCAGACGACCCACCGGUCGAGGUCAGCGCAACAGAGCAGCAGAUCUCAUCGAGCGACACCUCCGACGCCGCACACUCAAGCCUCCUCUCAGCACACAACCUCUCACACCAGUCACACGACGUCCCACACCAGCCACACGACCGUCGCCCAGACAACGCACGUGCCACCUCAGUAUCAGCAGUCCUCGUCGAUGAGCGUGCCGCCGGUGCCCCAUCCACAUUCACACACGCACGCCGCUCAUUCGCACAACAUGGCCGUGAUCUCGCAAGGGAAUUACAUGGCGGUCGCCUCGCAAACAUUUCCCACGCAGAACACCUACGUAAUACAGCAUCGAAGCAGCCGUUCGGGCGCGCCCACGCCGUGCACCACGGCAACGAACUUUUACAUACAGACAAGCGCGAUGCCGCCGCAUUCGCACACACCGGCACCAUCUCUGUCCGCGUCCGGGAAUCAUCAGACCACGAACUCCUGUAGCCUGGCGAAGUUGCAACAAUUGACGAACGGUUUGGAAAUGAUACCGCCUACACCGCCACCGGCCAUGAAUCUGACACCACCGCCACCCAUUCCGCACACGAUGACGCCGCCGCAAACGUCGAGACAGUUGCCGACACCGCCGCAGGUACCAUUAGGCUACCCGAAGAAUUAUUACAACGUGAACACGGUGCCACCUGGGACACCUGGUCCACCGAGCAGAUCGACGUCCAGGUCCUCGGCGAACGCCGCAAACAUGGCGUCGCUGACGCAACCGUAUCCCAGCGAGAGCCUGUACAGACAAACCCUCGAUCCCGGUAGCACCUGUCCCCAGAUGCAGAGCGCAGCGAGCAGGGUCAGCCCGAACGUCGCGUUGAACACGAAUCUCAUGGCCCAAUACGGCUACCGGGUAGCACAACCCGGCACCGGUUACAUGAACCAGGCGGCACAACUCGGUGGCUUCAUGAACCAGGCCAGCCAGCUACCGGUGGGUAUGGUGAACGUGCCCGCGCCGUAUCCACAAGAUCCCCAUCAACAGAACCCGGCGGCUGUGUACACGACCUAUCACGGUUACAUCAACGGAGGCCUUAUGCAGCCACUGAACAGUUCCAUGAGGCCACGCUAGCCCCACGAAUGAUGGAAACGCACAGUCUCUAACUCCCAACGACAAAGCCACGAUGGAGACGAUCCUUAUGGCUCGUCCACUUAGCAACGAUGUUACACUCUCCUACGGGAGAUAAGUUAACGUGCCCAUCGGUGCGUUCUCCAGGAAUUGCGACACAGUGACUCGAAGAGGUUGUCGGUUGAAUGAGAUUAAGAGAGAGGCAACAAGCCUGGUCU